AUGGACAAACACUCUCAACAUAAUCCAUCAGAGUACAACCCUCCUCCUCCCUCCUAUUCAGAGUCAGAGUCGAGUGCUCAUCAGGCUGUGUUCCCUGAAUUAGCCCCAUCAGCACCAGCAUCAGCACCAUAUGACAACCGUGGCCAGUACUAUCCUUCUCCAACAAACCCUUAUCUGUCUCCUAGAGGAACAUACCAAUCUCGUGGAUACCAGGCAAUUAUAAUCGAUAGACAGCCUUCUCCUAUUAGAAUGUAUGAUACCGAGCGCCAGUUUCCAUUAGCGGCCAUGAUGUUCUUGUUCGGAUGGGUAUUACCUCCAAUUUGGAUUCUUGGGGCAUGCUGCUGUGUAGGUAGUCGUAAUUCAUACGAGGCUUGGUGGGGGAAAGCCAACUUGGUCAUGGUUGUUCUUCUCCUUUUUUCUACUAUCACUUACUCUAUUGCGGCAAUAACAAUUGGCAACUGGUCAAUGGGGCCAAGGAUGGUAGCUCAGAUCAUGGGACUUGAAACGGAAUAAGAAUAAAAAGACCAACGACAACAAUAACAAUAGCUCUUUAAAAAAAUGUAAUACAAACCAUGAUCCACCC